CAUCCACAGUGAGACAACCGAGCUGUGGAUCGGGAAGCCGCCGGCGUCCUGAUCCAUGGACCAGAUCACCGGAUUCCGAUAGCUCCGUGACGUCGCACAGUAAAUGUGGGUAGGUGCGCUGCUGGUAGGUAAGGCAGCUAAAUCGGGAUAGGUUUUCUACUCGGGCGGCCGGACAGUGGGGAUAUCUACUGCGGCGAUGGCGGUAGAAAGCUCGGAAGAUCACCGGCGGCCAUGGAGUUCCUGAUGCAACCUAUAAACAGACCACUACUAGAGGAGGUGAAUGACAACGACAGCAGCAUGGAGCCGAUGCGGUUCGCGGCGAGCGCCGCGCCAGGGUUAGAUGUUCCACCGGGGGCAGUUUCUAGUGUGGACGGCCAAAUUUGCCUGGAAAGGGAGUCGCCAGAGGCAGGGAGUGCAGAGAAGGCGCAGUGUUCAGAGCAGUCAAUAGAGCAAAUGGACCCAAAAACGCCAGGAUGGACACAAAGAGUGCGCAUGGGUGCUGCUGCUCCCAGUAGGGCUCCUUGUGCAGAUAGAGUAACCGCCUUCGAGAAGACUUUACGGCAAUUUGCGGACGAUCCAGGUGACAUUGUAAUUGUUCCAAAGAUAGGAACAUAAUUCGACACACUUGGUGAAGCAUACGACUUCUACAAUUUAUAUUCCUGGGAAAAAGGCUUUGGAAUUCGGUACGGAAAGAGCCGGCUAAAUGUGAACCGGAUGAAGUGCAUGCAGGAGAUAGUCUGUGGAUGUGCGGGGAAGCCAAUUGUGGAGACCACGCGGUCUUGUCGCUGUCAGUGCCCCACGCUAGUAAGGCUGUUGCGUUCAAAGGAUAAUGGAUGGUACAUAGCGGAGCACCGGGAUGUGCACAACCAUGCAUUGACACACACAUAUGGACAGACACUCCAUUGGCCGUCGCACAAGCAUAUUGAUCAAUACAGUAGGGACCUUGUGAAACAGCUGAGGCAAAAUAAUGUGAAUCUAGCAAAAGUGUAUAGUAUCAUUGGUAGCUUCUUUGGGAAGAUGGAGAAUGUACCAUUCACGAAGAGGGCUUUGCAGAAUCUGUGUGGGAAGAUUAGCCGGGAAUAGUCAGAAGACGAUGUGAGGAAAACAAUGGAAGUAUUCCAAGAACUGUGUUCAAAGGACCCCCAAUUCACUUAUUGUGUGGACGCAGAUAAGGAGGGCGGGAUUAGCACUUUGAUGUGGGCUACCGGCAAUAGCAGGCUGCAGUACAGCUUGUUUGGUGACGUGGUUACAUUCGAUACAACUUAUCGGACAAACCUCUACAACAUGUCGUUUGGUUUAUUUGUGGGUGUGAACAAUCAUUUUCAGAGCAUAAUCCUGGCUGGAGUUUUGGUGCGAAGUGAAACAGUUGAAACAUUUGAAUGGGUUUUCUCAGAAUUCAUUAGGAUAAUGGGUGGUAAGGCACCGCAAACAAUCUUGACAGAUCAUAACAGGGCUAUGGAGGUGGCCAUAAGUAAUGUGAUGCCCGGCACAGCUCACCGAUGGUGCAAGUGGCAUGUGCUAAAGAAGGCAAAAGAGUCACUUGGUCCCUUGUAUUCAAAAAAUAGUGACUUCCGGCCCGAGUUCCGCAAGGUUGUCAAUCACAUGUUAACCAUAGAGGAGUUUGAGGAGGGAUGGAAAUACCUAAUAGAGAAAUACAAUCUGAAGAACCAUGAUUACAUGACAAAUUUGUAUGAUAUAAGGCACAAGUGGGCGAAGCCUUUCUUCAAAGGUGUGUUCUGCGCAAAAAUGACUAGCACACAACGGAGUGAAAGUGCUAACCACAUGUUAAAGAACUAUGUGCCGCCUGGGAGCCCAAUGCAUAUAUUUGUAAGGAAGUAUAUGAGCUUAAUAUUUGACAGGGAGGCAGAAGAGAAUUAUGAGGAGAAGCAUACAACAAUAGGGAGGCCACUCAUGCGAGCAAAUUUGGCUACAGAGAGGCAUGCUGGGAAAAUAUACACUAGGGCUAUGUUUGAGCAAUUCGGACAUAUAUUGUAUGAGUGCGGUGCAUAUCAGGUUGAGGAGAUUGAGAAAGGAAAAGAAUACAUUGCAGUACAUACCGAUGCAGCGCGUAGGGAAAAGUGGUGUAAAACGUCAUACAAGGUAUCCGUUAUGGAAGGAGGGGAUGAGUUUGACUGCGAGUGUGGCCAGUUUGCACACAUGGGCCUGCUCUACAGCCACGCCCUGAAGGUAAUGAACUUCAUCUGUGUGACGGAGAUCCCAAAAAAACACAUUCUGAAGCGGUGGACACGAGAUGCAAGAGAUAUCCUUCCAGCACACCUCACACAGUACCAGCGGGACAAUGCUUAAGAAAACCCAUUUAGUUUUCGGCAUUUCAAUAUGUAUAUGAAAGCCAUGGAACUUGUGAGAAUGGGAGACUGUAGUGUGGCCGCUUAUGAGCAUCUGAUUUCAUUGUUCAAACACUGUGCAGCAGAGAUGAAGCCAUUCACAGAUCUGCGGGAUGGUUUGGGUUUGGAAGAUAGGCUAGGAGAUAAUAUGAAGGCCCCAUCAACACCGUGUGCAGGAACAGAAGGUGAACAUGUAACAAUUGGGGCUGGUGACUGCAACUCGGCAAAUGAGUCUGGUAAUGUUCUCUCAACCUUGCUGCCGCUAGCUAAACGGAAGCAAAUUGGAAGACCAACGACAAGUAGAGAGAAAGCGCCAUACGAGGGUUUAAGCAAGAGAACACGAUUUUGUGGGAUAUGCAGGCAGCAAGGCCACAAACGCACAACAUGCCCUCAACAGGGGGAUGUACCGAAACAACCUCGUAAGCUGGCGAGAUGCAAGAACUGUGGCAUCGAAGGGCACCGCCAGAACAAUUGCCACAAGGCUGCAGAACUUAGGCUGACCUAGUGAUGUAGAACCUAGUGGAUCAUCCAGUUCUAGAUGAGAGAUAUUUCAUUUACGGUUGUAAGAGAACUUGUAAUAAGUUUGAAUUAUGGCUAAGCGAGUUCUACGUGUAACGGAUAAGUGGAUUGAUUCUGUCA